GCAAAAGCUUGCAGAGAUAGCUCUGCCGUCACAUGACCUUGUGCGAGGGGACCAAAAGUUUCGCAAGACCCUGGCUCACUUUUGGCUUGGAAGCUGGCGCACACCAAAUUCUCAGUGUUGGCGCAGAUCGCUCCGCUCCGCUUCCACCACCAUCACCUACCGCCACCAAACAAACCCUACAGUUGGAAGGCAACCGACGGAAGCAGACUUUGCACUUUGCAUCCGCGAGUGGUGCUUCCAAGCGCACAAUCCCGCGUUCACUACCCACACCUGCCCUGCCCUCGAUAUGAUGUGACAACGUCCCCCGGCUUCCGAACCACCUACCCCCCUCCCCAAAUUCCGACGCAAGGAAAUUCCUUCGGUCCCUCCAAACCUGCCAUACCGAACACUCGGACAUCGAGCCAUCCCUUCCCCGACAAUGGAGGGCGCGUUUACGCACCUCGGUAACCACCUUAUAUCCGAUUCGGCUGCCGCGAUCAAGGCCGGCGAUACCGACGACCUGUCCAACCUCGAUCCUGAAGAGAACCUGCUGUAUGGAAAAUACGGUGGCCGCGGCGGCCUGGGUAGCGCCCGCCGCCGUGGCGAUGACGACGACAACGAGACAGAGGCCUACGAUGACGAGGACGAGGAGAGCCUUGCUAGCGUCCCGGUUGAGGGUAUGCGAGGCUUGAAUCUGAAGACCGCCGACGAGGAAAAGGAGCUCCCCGCCCACGCCUGCGCUUACUGCGGCAUACACUCCCCAGCUUGUGUGGUCAAGUGUCUGGGCUGCAAGAAGUGGUUUUGCAACUCGCGCGGCAACACGUCCUCGUCCCACAUCAUCAACCACCUCGUCCGUGCCCGGCACAAGGAGGUGCAGCUGCAUCCAGAGUCGACACUUGGCGAUACCAUCCUGGAGUGCUACAACUGCGGCGUGCGCAAUGUCUUUCUCCUGGGCUUCAUCCCCGCCAAAUCCGACACGGUCGUGGUCUUGCUGUGCCGCCAGCCAUGCGCCGCAAACCCGUCUUCAAAGGACAUGAGCUGGGACAUUUCGCGGUGGUCGCCGCUGCUUGACGAGCGGAACUUCCUAUCGUGGCUGGUUGCGGUGCCUAGUGACGCCGAACAGCUUCGCGCUCGCCACCUCACCCCGCCCAUGAUCGCCAAGCUCGAGGAGCUAUGGAAGGAGGACGCCAAUGCGACUGUGCAGGAUCUCGAGAAGAACGACCAGAUCGACGACGAACCCCACCCCGUGCUCCUCAAGUACGACGACCCCUACCACUACCAGAACAUCUUUGGCCCCCUUGUCAAGAUGGAGUCCGACUACGACAAGAAACUGAAGGAGGCGCAGUCGGAGGACGGCCUGGUAGUGCGCUGGGACUAUGGUCUAAACAACAAGCACCUUGCCAGCUUUAUUCUUCCCAAGAUCGAGUCUGGCGACGUCAAGCUGGCUGUCGGCGACGAGAUGCGGCUCAAGUAUAAGGGCGAGCUGCGUCCUCAGUGGGAAGGUGUUGGUUACGUGGUUAAGAUUCCUAACAACCAAUCCGACGAGGUCACGCUUGAGCUUCGCAAGUCUGGUAACGACAAGUCUGUGCCGACCGAGUGCACCCACAACUUCUCUGCCGACUACGUCUGGAAGGCCACCUCGUAUGACCGCAUGCAGCUGGCAAUGAGAAACUUUGCUGUCGAUGAGAUGAGUGUCAGCGGCUACAUCUUCCACAAGCUCCUUGGCCACGAGGUUGCCGUCGCCCCGAUGAGGACCACCAUGCCCAAGAAGUUUACCGCGCCCGGUCUUCCAGAGCUUAACGGAAGCCAGAUCAGCGCCAUCAAGGCGGUGCUCUCGACCCCACUGAGUCUGAUUCAAGGCCCCCCUGGCACAGGCAAAACGGUGACUUCGGCUACCAUCAUCUACCAUCUGGCAAAGAUGAACAAUAGCCAGGUGCUCGUCUGCGCGCCGUCCAACGUUGCCGUCGACCAGUUGUGCGAGCGCGUUCACCGCACCGGCCUGAAGGUCGUCCGGCUCACGGCCAAGUCCCGCGAGGAUGUUGAGUCCUCGGUCAGCUUCCUGGCCCUGCACGAGCAGGUCCGCAUGAACGACACCAACCCAGAGCUUGCAAAGCUGCAGCAGCUCAAGAGCGAGCUGGGCGAGCUGUCUAGCCAAGACGAGAAGAAGUUCAAGCAGCUAACCAAGGCCGCCGAGCGCGAGAUCCUUGGCAACGCUGACGUGGUGUGCUGCACAUGCGUCGGUGCUGGAGACCCCCGCCUGGCCAAGAUGAAGUUCCGAAACGUGCUCAUCGACGAAUCGACGCAGUCCGCCGAGCCCGAGUGCAUGAUCCCGCUAGUCCUCGGAUGCAAGCAGGUUGUCCUAGUUGGCGACCACAAGCAGCUAGGCCCGGUCAUCAUGAACAAGAAGGCGGCCAAGGCCGGCCUCAAUCAGUCCUUGUUUGAGCGGCUGGUCAAGCUCAACCUGACGCCGAUUCGGCUCAAUGUCCAGUACCGAAUGCACCCCUGCCUAUCCGAGUUUCCUUCCAACAUGUUCUACGAGGGAUCACUCCAGAACGGUGUUACCAUCCAGCAGCGGCUCCGGCGGGAUGUCGACUUCCCCUGGCCUGUUGGUGACAUGCCCAUGAUGUUCUGGUCGAAUCUCGGCAACGAGGAGAUCUCAGCUUCAGGAACUUCAUACCUGAACCGCACCGAGGCGUCUAAUGUUGAGAAGAUUGUCACGCGAUUCUUCAAGGCCGGCGUGAAGCCUGGUGACAUCGGAGUCAUCACGCCGUACGAGGGUCAGCGCAGCUACAUUGUGAGCACAAUGCAGAACACGGGAACGUUCAAGAAGGAGAGCUACAAGGAGGUUGAGGUGGCCUCGGUCGACGCCUUCCAGGGGCGUGAGAAGGACUUUAUCGUGCUUUCCUGCGUCCGCUCCAACGAGAACCAGGGCAUCGGUUUCUUGUCGGACCCGCGCCGCCUCAACGUGGCCCUCACGCGUGCCAAGUAUGGCGUUGUCAUUAUCGGCAAUCCCAAGGUCCUCUCAAAGCACGAGCUCUGGCACCAUCUCCUGGUUCAUUUCCGCGAUCGUAAAUGCCUCGUCGACGGUCCCCUGACCAACCUUCAGACUUCUCUGCUCCAGUUUGGCAGGCCGCGGCAGAGCUUCCGUCCCGCUCGCUUCACGCAGCAGAACCAGCAGUACGCGCCUAGCAAUGCGGGCUUCGCCAACAACGGUCGGUACGCAGGUGCCGGCCUCAACGGGUCCACUCGCGACUUCGACUCGGGCUCCAUAGUGUCGUACAUCCCAGACGAUGUAUCUUCGAUCCACAGCUCUGCCCUGGGCGGCGCCGGCCUCGCUUCUGCUUACCCGGCCAUGUUCUCGAGCUUCAACCCCGAGCAGUGGCCUGGCCUCCCUGGCGUGCACGCAACGGGCCGUUCCGGCGCCCGCAACCGCGGCAGGGGAGCGGAGAGCAUUGCGGGCGAGAGCGUGGCCAACUCGGAGUUUACGGACGCCAGCGCCAGCGUGAUUGGUGCCAAAGGUGUCGGCCAGGGCGGUGCCAGCCUCGGAGCGGGUCUACAUGAUGCCAUGGGCACUGGCCGACCUACUUCAUAUAGCCACAGCGACCGUCUGAGACAAUACGUUGAGAGCGGUGGGCGUAUGGGUCCUAGCAAUGGAUACCGACGAUACGACGACGACCAGCAGAGCAUCAGCACUGCAUUUGCAAGCCAGAUCGGUGGCUCCGGGUACGACUGAGCGAUGACAAGGCCAAGGCGUUGUGCUGGUUGAGAGAGAUACAGAGAACAAAAACGUUAUCCUCGCCAACAUCAAGAGCUACACGUACAUGCUCUGAAGCCGACAGAGCUUGCUUCCUGUCAUCCCUACCCUUGGGGAAUCGAUAAGUCAACAAUGCAGAGGACGUCCAGCUACUUCGCUAGGCAGGCCUUGGGGCCUCGGGUGGGCCGCUCGUCCACCACCAUUCACCUCCGCCACGAGAGGCAAACCGCCAUCCCGUCUGCGGUCAACCCUUUGGGCGCUCCGGUGCCGUGCUCGCAACCAAGCCUAUGCGGCAUUUCGAACUCUAUCCUAUGAGUCCGGCUUGUCGUGAGGGUGUAAGUCGCCGCUGACGCUUCGAAGUCGUAUGCAUUGGCAACCGAUUUUCAUAUGCGGCAUUCCGAAAGGCGCACAAGCGAGACAGUACAGCUCCAGAGCUCGAUAUCGAUCUACUGAGAGAGAUACCGGCCUCGCGCUUCUGGUCCCCCAGAUUGUCCAAGAAAGCAUGUUCAAACAAGUUGACGCUGGAAGUGUUGAUGGCGAGUGGGUGGUUUUGGUGUGAGAUCAAAUGGUGGCCGAGGGACUACAAACUCCCCCAGCGCCACCACCGCUCUUUUAGGGCAUGGCCAAAUGGCUGUCGUCUUUGCUGUCUCUUCCCCAGCUGCGGCCAGGAACCUGUAAUGCAGUCGUUUGUUCUGUUGAGGCCACUAUGCACACAUUCACACCAUAUCGCCUGGACCUAAUAACCUGCUCCUGGGAAGCCGUCUUUGCAGCGGUCGCCCAUCCCUAUGGCAAUCAUUUCUUCUUCAUUCUCGUUGAUUGUGUUUUAUACCUCGCCCCCUACACUCGUUCUCAACCAAGGACUUCCAGCUUCUGGACUUGUUCUUGCUGCCUCGUGCCGGCCUUGCCAACAUGAAUUGUCAGUCGUUACUCC